CACUAACGGCUCCACACCGUAGACCUCAUUGCCGGUGGCUGCAGGCCGAGUGGGUUUUGAAACAGGAGCCGUGCGGUACCGUGCCCGCGUCAGUACUGUCAGCCGAGCCGAGCCGAACCGUGUUCCGAGCACAUUGUGCCUCAGGUACUUCCGCUUAGACAGGAUUUUGCGGUGAGGGCAGCACUCGAGGCCGAAAGCGGAUUUCGUUGGGCACAAUAAAGCGAGCCAAAACAACUAGAACCUAGCUGAACCGAACCCGAAACCAACCCCGGACCCGGACCCGGACCCGGACUGCCCUGGGCGCCAUGGCCGAGCCUAUGCAGCCCCAAACCCCCAGCCGACACGAGAAGAGCCUCGGCUUGCUCACCGCCAAAUUUGUUACCUUACUUCAGGAGGCCAAAGACGGAGUACUGGAUCUUAAAGUGGCAGCAGACACCCUUGCAGUCAGGCAGAAGAGACGGAUCUAUGACAUCACCAACGUCCUUGAGGGAAUCGGGCUGAUAGAGAAGAAGUCCAAAAACAGCAUUCAGUGGAAAGGGGUCGGCCCUGGCUGUAACACGCGGGAGAUUGCAGACAAGCUGAUCGACCUGAAGGCGGAGCUGGAGGACCUGGAGAGACGGGAGCACGAGCUGGAUCAGCAGAGGGUGUGGGUGCAGCAGAGCAUCAAGAACGUGACGGACGACAUCCAGAAUAGCAGAUUAGCUUAUGUAACCCAUGAAGAUAUCUGCAGCUGCUUCACAGGGGACACCCUUCUAGCUAUCCGAGCUCCGUCAGGCACUCAGUUAGAGGUUCCAGUCCCAGAGGGGGUGCUGAACGGACAGAAGAAGUAUCAGAUCCACCUGAAGAGCACGCUUGGCCCCAUUGAGGUGCUGCUGGUCAACAAGGACACAGCCAGCUCUCUGCCUGUGGUGUUACCAGUGCCACCUCCCGAGGACCUGGUUCAGAGCCUUCCCACAGCUGCCACGCCAGCCACGCCCAAACAGCCCACCCUAUCCUCCCAGCCAAGCAGUCCGCAGCCUACGCUACAACCCUCCACUCCGGUGUCAGCCAGCCAGGCUGCCCACCAAAUCACACCCCUGCCAGUGGCCUCGCCAGCCUGCACCGCCGUCCACACUGUGCCUGCACCAGAGGCUCCCAGCAGUGGACUUGACCUCGCCCCACCCACAACAGACACACCAAACACCAACCAGACAGCGUCCUUAGACACCCAACCCCUCCAGUCCUCCGCCUCAUUGGACAGCAGCGCUGCCCUUCCUGCAUCCUCCAUGUCCUUUGAACCUAUCAAGUCAGAUCCUUUAGAAUUGCUCGAUUUCCCCAAAGAGUUGUCAGAAAUGUUUGAUCCUACUAAAGAAUGUAUGAGCGCAGACCUGCUGGAAGAACUCAUGUCCUCAGAAGUUUUUGCUCCCUUGCUGCGGCUCUCCCCACCCCCUGGCGACCACGACUACAUCUACAACCUGGACGAAAGCGAAGGCCUCUGCGACCUUUUUGAUGUCCCCAUCCUCAACCUUUGACCUCCUAAACCUUGCCAUUUUGGGGCAUUUGUGAAUAAGGACUUCAGAGACGAAACUUAAAUAUUUUUGUCAUUUUGAGAAAAAAAUCUACAUCUAUUUUUGGAUCCUUGUUUGUGAUGAGCUGUUUUUGACGACACAAACGUUUUUCAUUUUCUGGACCCUGGCAAACUGACUUAAAUUGAACAGGAAGACCCCUGUUAACCUCUGUGACACAUCAAUGGCUUCUAGGAGCAAACAGAUUCCUUUUCAGACUGGCCCUGAGUAAAAUUCAAGAGACACAGUUCUGUAAGCCUCCCAUCCGCAGCUACUCUCACAAAAUUCUCUGCAGAACAAAAUGCAGAAGUGCAGAGGCUAUGGUAUAUGCCUUGUUGUAUAUAUAUUUUGUAUAGUUUCAUAUUGAUCUUUAUUCAGCAUGCUGGCUUAGCACAGUACAGUGACAUCACUGUGCAUGUUGACCAAUGGUCAGAUAUCAGGAUAGUUAAAAGCUCAAUACCUUACGAAUGACUUGCUUUAAAAAAAGAAAAAAGUUCCUCUGUUUGUCUGUUGACAUUUUGUGAGUUUUUUUCAAAUCUUUGCUUUUUUAAUGAGUUAAAUAUAUAUUAAAAAAACAAACAAAAAUCUGGUUGAUAGCCAUUAUACAUUUCCUCUCGUGCAAUUUCUGUUUGAUUUGUGGAAGGGGGAAACAAAUGUUACUACUUUUCCAUAUGUUUCCCUAUAGACCCUCCAACAUUCUUUAUUCACAGUGCAGGGGUUACAGCGGUGGAAAGGUAAACCUUAAAACACAAAUGUUUGGAAACAGGUUUCAACAAGAAUACAAAGCUAUGUAUUUUAAUUUACAUAACUGUAACUUCAUCUUGAAGCUGGCCUUGGAGAAUAAUGCAGCCUCCUCCCUCUAACUGCUUUAUUUCUCGCCUCUAGCUGCAUGGAUUGAGACAAUGCUGUCUGCUCCCAUCUCAGCCACAAUGUAUGGCACAGCCACGUUAUGUGUAUAGUUCUGUGUGUGUGUUUUGUUUGUUUAACCACAGAAGUGGGUCUCUCUCUCUCUCAUAAUUUCCAGAUGACUUCAAUUUACUUUUAGUGGUUUUAAAAUAUUCGGAUCAAAUAAGUCAUAAACAAAAGACAUCUUGGCGGCUCUAGGUGGCGAUUCAUUCCUUAUGAAGGGAGAUGAGUGAGGGGGUUGUGAUAAUAGUGGUUCAGUGACUUGGUGAUAAUGCUCUUUAUUAAGGGUGGUGGGGAGGGGGAGAGAGUUCACCUACACUCACAUUUCGGUAGAUCGGGUUCUGUGAACCUGGUGUGUGGAGAAUUGUGUAUUUUUAUUUUCUCUUGCAGCUUUCUGCUAGGAUUGAAUAUGAUCUGUAGUGUAGUGCCCAGAUUCUUUUUGUAGAUACUGCUGUGCCAAAGCUUCUAGUUUUACCAUAAAAGAAAAAUGUAAAAGAAUGUCUUGCUUAAGGCUAACUGCAUUUUUGUACAAAUGUACUGUGCCUGCGUGUGCGUGCAUUUUUGUUUUAAGCAAGUGACUGCAGGUAAAACCUCUAACUGCUGUAUUUUAAUGAAAUGGAACAGAAUGUGGAUUGCUGAUCCAUGCUAAAAUGUUGAAACAUGAGGCGACUUUCAAGAAACUUUGUCCACUGUUAAAGCAGAUAGGAGUGAAUGGGGGAUGGGGGGAGGAGGUUGCUUGAAAAUCUUAACUGUUUUCUGAAAAGUUUUCUCUUUUAAAUAAUCCAGCCGUUUUCUUCCAUUUUGUCCCAGUGUUGGGCAGACCUGCCCUCUGUGCACCUGAGUUGCAUCUUUGUUUUCUCUGUGUGUAUACUGUGAACUGUGAGACAACUUUUUGUGACAAAAUGCCUGUUUCUGUAAACUGUCAGUCCUGUCUGGUUACUCAGUUUUAGAACUACAGGUUUUGUUUGUUGGGAUAUUUUACCCAGUUGUUAUUGUGUGUGUGUGUAUGUGCGCAGAAUAUUUCGGCAAGGUGCCUUUUAUUAAGGUCCCUAAUAAUUAAGUUCUUUGGAAGUACUCCAGGAGUAUUUGUAGUACCUGACUGCUCUUCCCUUGCAGUUUGCCUCUGCUGAAGGAAUCUUUUAAUCAUGUUAAAUCUGUACCAUGAUUGCUCUUUGCCUGUAAAUAUGACACUUUGUUUUCUUGUGUAUUCCUGUUUUUAUGAGCUCAAGUACCAACUUGGUAUUCAGUGUUGAAUAACUCAAUGGUGCUAGUAUACCCUAUAUACUACAGGGUUCUGUACGAGGCUGUUCCACUUCUGUUUAUACCUUUAUCGGCAGUUAUUUUUUAGAUUUGUGGAGUGUGUAACUAAUCAUAUCGGGGGGGGGGGGGGGGGGAUGGGUUAGACAAAGUAAAGGUAUAAAACCAAGCAUUCUUGACAAACAGUAGCACUUUACAGGAGAAAGCAAAAUGACAAUUGUUGGCGUUGGGAAGUUAAGCCAUUCCACAAAAGGUUUUUUCUGUCCAGAGAAUUCUUGUAUUUUAAAGUUCAGGUUUGAAAAGGUUGGGGCGAGCGAGGGGUAUAUCUAAAAACAAACAAACAAACAAAGUGUAAUUAACUAGUUCCCUACGGCUGCCAUUAUCCUGAACUAUCCAAAUAAAGAAACGCAUUUUAACUCUGAA